UUUAUUUGCAAUUCAAACUAUAAUUAAAAGCUUCCUUUGAUUAUUUUUUGGUCAGUUUAAUCCAACAAUGAAGCGCUCUUUAGCUAAAUUACCAAAAUGCGAUUUUGUACCAUUAAAAUAUAAAGGUCCAAGUUAUGAAAAUCUUAAGGCCACAAGACGAGCGAAUUUGAGUCCGGCUUUGACCACUUACUACGGCAAACCUUUGGCCCUUAAUCAAGGCUACAAACAAUGGCUAUUCGAUUUGGACGGCAAAAGAUAUUUGGACAUGUUUGGCGGUAUUUGUACUGUAUCCGUAGGACACUCUCACCCAAAAAUCACCGAAGCUGUUAAUGAACAAAUGAGUACGCUGGGACAUUGCUCCAACGUUUACUACCAUCCCAAAAUUCACCAAUAUGCUGAAAAGUUAGCAGCAAAAUUACCAAACAAACUAAAGGUCAUCUAUUUUGUGAAUAGCGGCUCAGAAGCGAACGAUUUAGCAGUCCUAAUGGCCCGUUGCUACACUAGAAAAUCGGACAUAGUUUCCCUGAAAAAUUGCUACCACGGCAUGACUUACGAGACAAUGGCUCUCACUUGUAACGGCUACUACAAAUACCCCGUGCCUCAAAGUCCUGGAUUUUUUAGAACUAUGAAUCCUGACGUCUACAGAGGCAUUUGGGGAGGCCAAAACUGCAGAGACGGUCCAGUACAAACUGAUAGAGUUUGCAAUUGCUCACAAGAAUGCGAAGCUGGCAUUAAAUACUUGCAACAGUUUGAUGAGGAAUUAAAAUACGAAUUCCCAAAGUGUGGCAUUGCGGCUUUUUUUGCUGAAUCCAUACAGGGAGUAGGAGGCGCAGUGCAAUACCCCAAAAACUACAUCAAAGGGAUUUACAAUAGAGUCAGCGCAACUGGAGGAGUUUUUGUUUCAGAUGAAGUUCAAACAGGUUUUGGGCGUACAGGCGAACAUUUCUGGGGGUUCCAGUCGCACGAAAUCGAACCCGAUAUUGUUACAAUGGCCAAGGGUAUAGGAAAUGGGUUCCCUUUGGCGGCAGUCGCAACUACUCCUGAAAUUGCGGAAAGCUUAACUAAGGCGGGUCAUUUUAAUACUUUUGGUGGCAAUCCUGUUUCUUCUACAGUGGGUUUAGCUGUUUUAGAUAUAAUCGAAGAAGAAAAUCUACAAGAAAAUUCCAAAACCGUGGGCACUCAUUUACUAGUUGAACUAGCAAAACUACGCGAGUUGAGUCCUUUUGUAGGAGACGUGCGUGGAAAAGGCCUCAUGAUUGGCGUAGAACUAGUGUCAGACAAAGAAACCAAAAUCCCUUUGGACUCUGGAAGAUUUUUAAAACUGUGGGAAACUUGCUUGGAAAACGGUUUGAUUGUAGGCAAAGGAGGGUUGCAUGGAAAUGUUUUAAGAAUAAAGCCUCCAAUGUGCAUUACACAAGAGGACGCUGACUUUACUGUAGAUAUUCUAAGAGAUGCCUUAGGCAAAAUUUAAUUUAAGCUGCAAUUGGUGAUGGGUUGAUCGUGCGGGUGGACUUCGCGGGACUCGGUGGACGAUUCGGCAUUGUCGGCGGACUGUUGCUGAGCCUGGUCGCGGCUCUGCUUCAUUUUACGCUUGCGGGGGUGCAGUUCGACGUGCGCAGGUGCCGCUGGGGGUACCGUAGCGGUAGCUGAAGUCGUUGCGGGUGCGCUGGGUUCCGAUUCGGGGUUACUUGUUACCUGAAAAAUGAACUAUAUUUGUCUGUGUCUUCUAUUUAUUGAUUUUAAUGCGAAAGAAGAAGAUAGCUAGGGUAAUAAGUAUUUGCGUAACAGAGUUCCAAUCUUAAUUAUAUGCAUAAUUCGGAUUUUAGUAAUUUCAUAAAAAUAAUUGGGUUUCAAAAUUUUACAAUUUUGUAUCAUUAAUUUACCAAAAUUUUGGAAGGUAAUUGUAAUUUGUAAUAAUCUGUAAUUUAUUAAUAAAUCUAUGGUUUCCUGUAUAUAA